UUUUAUAAAAAUGUGUAAAUAUGAUUUAAUAUUUUAACUUUGGUAAUACAUUCGCGUAGCAUUAAAGAAACCUAAAGGCUGGCAACACAUGUUUUUUAUCUGGAAUGAUCCCACAGCACCUUUCCAUUUGCGUAAUUUUUCCACACAAAUUCCACAAUUGUUGACAGCGUCAUAAACAAAAAAUCAACAACUUUCCAGAAAUUACUUAAGUUAAUUUUUUCCACUGCACUGCCGUUGUCUUGUCUGCUUGGAAGCAUGUCGUAUUUGAUGAAUUUCAACAAUGAAACAGCCAAACAAAUUUUAAUUGAAAUAAUCCGUACUGUAAAUCAACCUGAACAUUCAAAAAAAUUAUCUGAGGCGAAAGCGUCUGCUGGCAAAGAGAUGCUGCUAAUGAUGCAACAUGUAUUUCCAUUGGUAAUGCACUUACAAACAGAUGUUAUAAAAUCCUAUGGUUUCCCAGGUAAUCGAGAAGGUUUGGUGCAAUUUUCACAACUCAUACGUGAAAUGGAACGCGAAGAUGUAGAAAUCGCCCGCUUACGUAGUCAAAUAAGAGCUAUAUACUUACCACCAAUCGCUAUAAACACAACAAAUGAUGUAUUAAUUUAAAGACUGAUGCAAUAUGUAUGUAUAUAUUAAGAGUUAAAAGUUAUUAUG